AUGUUUGCCAGGACAUUUCCUCGAGCUUGCUCAUCAGCGAGAGCCUACAACAGCUUUUUCCGCGCAAUUCAGCAAGCGAGAUUCUCUAGCGGAAAGAAAAGUGAUGACCUGGAAACCGAACUGCAGAAAGAUUUGAAGAAAUUGAAUGAGAUAUUGAAAUCUGGCGGCGCUAAGGACGAAGUUCCGGAAAAACCGAAGGAGAUUGACAAGAAUUUCAUGAACUUCAAACAACAGGCCGAGAGGCAAGCGCACGAGAGAAGUGGAAGCAUUUUUAGUUGGAAGGUGGCGAUGGCGACACUGGCGAUCGGCGGAAGUUGUCUAGCAGCGUUGUUCUACAUCAAAAAGAUUAGGCUCGAGGAGCGCGAGAAGCAUCGCAAAAUCACCGCCGGCAAAGCGCGAAUUGGGGGCGAAUGGCAGCUAGUGAACACCGAUGGCAAACUCGAAGGCUCGGAGGACUUGAAAGGGAACUGGCUUUUGAUGUACUUCGGAUUCACACAUUGCCCAGACAUUUGUCCGGACGAGAUCGAGAAGAUGAUCAAAGUCGUUGACAUCAUUGAUUCGAAGAAUGAUGGCACCAAGCUCAUUCCAGUGUUCAUUUCGGUCGAUCCCGAAAGGGACACGAUUCCUAGGGUGAAAGAAUACUGCGCCGAAUUCUCGAGUAAACUUCGCGGUUACACUGGCGACGUCGAACAGGUCAACAAGGUGGCGAAGACCUUCCGAGUUUAUCAUAGUCAAGGACCACGAACAUCGAAGCAAAGUGAUGAUUAUAUUGUAGAUCAUACGGUUAUUAUGUACCUUAUUGACCCUGAUGGCAAUUUCCAUGACUAUUAUGGUCAGAAUCGCAAAGCCGAGGAGAUUGCCAACGUUAUUCAGAUGAAGGUGCUCAAGUACAACGCGCAGAAUCGGAAAUCGCUCUUUAAUAUUUUUUAG